ACCAAAUAUAAAGAAAUUAAAUACAUAAAAUACACAAAAGCAAUCAAAUAAGCAGCCAGUUCAGGUAAAAUCAGGAUCUGCUUUCAGAUAAAAAUGUGUUUCGAGACGCGACUUAAACGAAGAGACUGACUCAGACAUCCUCAUUUCUUCUUACACAGUUAAGCGAACCCAGGAUGCUCGGUUACAAUACCAUUACACUAUUCUGUGCAUCUUAAAGAAAACAUAAACUAUACUAUACAAAAAAAAAACCUUCUCCCCUUGACUCCACUACUCUCAUGCAGACACGCUGGACACACAGCCUGCGCUGCACUUCCUGUUCCCCACCCACAUGCCCCCCAGACACACCUGGUGGACGUCUGCGCUCUACCGAGUGCACUCUUCUUGUUCGUGCUUUGUACUAUAUAGAACAAAAGACUACCACACACUUUCCUCUUCACUUGCAGUCAGAGAUAUUUAAUUAAUAACAGUUCAAUAAAAUAAAUUCAUUGUUAUUAAUUAAAUAUCUCUGACUGCAAGGGCAUACGACAGUAUGCAGGAGUCUUUUGUUCUGCAUUUUCAACCCAUGGUCUUCCUCCUACACACCUGUCAAUUUACAAGUGUGCAAAAGUUUUGCUUUUCAUUAUAUAAUAUAUAUAACAUGGCUUGCAAACAGUUAAAUAGGUCAAGUGACUCAAUUCAUCAUCCAUUUCAGCACCAUGGACAGCAACAUCACAGACCUUUUAAUGGACUUCUAAUUGACGUUUUGGGAAACCUGUAAGGCGGCAGUGGAAGGACGGCGGGUGUCUGCACGACAAGUUCAUCAUCAACAUGCAAGUUUAUGACUGAGAAAACACGUAAUAGCGAUUGGACGGAGUCAUCGCUGAACUUCCUUAAACGUCCACGGUGUCUCCUCCAAAGUUGAAAUAAAGAAUACGCCCUCGCUUCCCCCACAAAAAAAAAAAAAUCAGGAACUUACACAAUAAUGAGUUAGUAACAGUAAGUUACGAGUAAGUGAUGACCAUCUAAAAACAAGCACUGCAUUCAAGGUGCCAUUAGAGUGACGGAGCCUGACAGCAGAAUGUCUUCUUUCAGAUGGAUUGACAUUUCACUAUUUCUGAUGCUACUACUUCAUUUGACAAAAGUAACAAGACAAUAUUCCAACAUCGCUGUAAGACAUGGAGAUGAAGUCACUUUGCCUUGUGAAAAUGUGAUAGACGGUCAGCGAAAAUGUGACGGUACUACAUGGCUCUUCAGUCAUUCAAGACACACAGCAGCAGUAGAGCUGAUUAAACUUGGGCAGAUUGGUGAAAGAGCCAAAGCUAAAUCAGACAGACUGAGUGUUACAGCGAGCUGUUCUCUGGUUAUAAAGAAGGUCACAGUCGAGGAUGUUGGUCGUUAUGACUGCAGACAGUUCAGAUCAGGACGACAACAAGGUCCAGACUCUCAGGUUCUUCUGUCUGUUGUUACCAUGACUGAACAGCAGAACUAUGAUAUGAACAUCUUGUUCUGCUUUGAGUGGACACGUGGAAGGUGCACACACAAAGUCGAGUGGCUGCAUCGAGUUCAUGAUGUGGAUAAAGAUAACACAGAUUUAAAAACAUCACAGUGUCAGUGUUCAGCCACUGCGACAUUUAUGACUUGGCAUCUUGAUCACAAGUCCAACUAUUAUGAGUCAUUCAAGUGUAAGGUGACAGAUAUUCAGACUGGAAAAGUUCAGCUGGUUACCUUCAGCCCUGAGUCUUCCGGUGAGAGAACAGAUUGUUCUGCUCUGAACUACAUAAUGUUGGUUAUGCGUGUGGCUGAACUCCUCCUAAUCACUGCGAUUACUGUUCUUCUCAUCAGAGCUCGAGGGAACCAGAGACCACCUGACGACAACACUGACUGUGAAUGUCUCCCUGUUUGUGAGGUUUUGAACUCAGUAAGAAGCCGAACAGUGAAGCGUUCUGGUCCAGCAGCCAGUCAGUGGCAGAAACACAGUAACUGAUGGUGAAUGAUGAUGAAGAUGAUGGUGAACUAUGAAAACUUUGGAGACCCUUCUGCCUCAGUCAGACUCCGCUGAUCAACAACUUCCAUAUCAACAUCAACUCACCAGAGAAAAGACUCCACUGCAGUUAAAUAACAUCAUGGAGUCAGUAACAAUCUUCUCUUUAUUAUAUCUGAUAACAAUAUAAUCUGCAAAUAAAGAAAUGUUUACCACUUAA